CUUGAGCAGGACGAAAGAGUGGCCGGCCGGCUAAAAAUACCUCUAAAGAUUCUGAGCUGAAUUAACUUCAUUUUGAGUAACAGAGAAUGGGUAAUCAAAAGUUAAAGUGGACGUCAGAGGAAGAAGAAGCACUCAUAGCUGGAAUCGCCAAGCAUGGAACCGGCAAGUGGAAGAACAUACUUAGGGACCCUGAUUUCGCUCCAUCUCUCACACAUCGCUCCAACAUUGACCUCAAGGACAAGUGGAGAAACAUGAGCAUUAAUCCUUGUGCACAAGGAUCUAAAGACAAAGUAAAAAUCACUACAACCAAACCUAUUGAACCUUCUCCAGUUCCUGACAUUCAGAAUCCUGCUUCUACUGUGGUUUUAGUUCCUGGCAAUGACAUGCCUGAUGAACCCUCCAAAAGUCUGCAAGAAGCUAAAAACGCCCCAAGGCAUAAUUCAAUGAUAUUUGAAGCACUUUCAGCAUUAAACAAUCCAAAUGGAGUUGAUAUUGGUACCAUUGUAAAGUAUAUCGAGCAAAGGCAUGAGGUGCCACAAAAUUUCAGGAGAUUACUUAGUUCAAAAUUGAGGAGACUUGCUUUGCAGGGAAAACUCGAAAAGAUGCAAAACUGCAGCUACAAGAUACGAAAAGAGACAUCACCAGUUAAAAAGACGACACCUCCACUGAGACAGAAAGAUGUUGUUAGGCCAACAAGACCUGUGCAGAGUAGUCACGGAUUUGUGACUGCAGAAGAGACUUUGGAGGAAGCUGCAGUGACGACCGCCUACAUGUUAUCAGAAGCAGAGAACAAGUCGUUUGUUGCAGCAGAGGCAGUUAAAGAAGCCGAAAGAGUUGCAAAUUUGGCGGAAAAUAUGAACGCCCUACUGCAACUAGCCAAAGAAAUUUAUGAACAAUGUUCACAGGGCGAAAUGGUUCUCUUGAACCAUCCAGUUUCAGAUCGUAUGUAAAAGCACUCUUCCCAAAUUAGUUUUAGUUUCAGAUUAUGGAGAGUUUUUCAAGUUUUACUUCAAACUCGGAACCCUUUUUUUUGCGAUUGGAUCUAGUUCUCGAGAAGGCAAACAACCAAAGCUUGAAUGUGUUUAAACUUGUUUGUUUAUAUAAUUAUUAACAUUAUACAUGAUGUUGUAUGCGGUUUGAUUAUUGCAAGAUAGUUUGGUUUUUAGUUUCUUAAAUAUAAAGUUUUGCUCAUU